UUGUUGCUAUGGUACCACUGGAGAUGGACGCUUCAGAGUGAUGCAUUGUGGGUAAUAUGAAACAGCUCCCACCAGAAAACAUCGAUUUAUAUUCUAUAUGACCAAACGCGAUCAAGAUGAAGAGUGUUUUCAUCCUUGAAGACAAAGCCUGGGCGGGUUCUAGCCUUCUAUAUAAGUGGCAGAAAACCCUUGGUAACUAUAUCGCUGUUGCAGGACAGGACAACUCUGUGAAAAUCUUUGAUCGACAUGGACACAUAUGGACUGAACUCAAUCUUCCAGGACGCUGUGUGGGAAUGGACUGGGAUAAAGAUGGGGAUAUUUUGGCAGUGAUUGCUGCAAAAUCCAGCUCUAUCUAUCUUUGGGAUGCCAGCGUCAAUAAAAUAUCUAAGAUAGAGAGCGGCAUGAGAGACCAGAUGUCUUUCAUCCUGUGGUCAAAGAUGAGCCCACUGCUGGCAGUUGGGACAGUCAAAGGAAACCUGCUGAUCCACAAUCAGCAGACCUCACGCAAGAUCCCUGUACUGGGUAAACAUACCAAAAAGAUCACCUGUGGCUGCUGGAGUACUCAGAAUCUACUGGCUCUGGGUAGUGAUGACAACUCUUUGAGUAUCAGCAACGCCGAGGGGGACACGGUCAGACAGACAACACUCCGGGGUGAGCCUGCUGAAAUUUUCUUUUCAGUGAUGAAGACAGAUGAAAGGUCUGCUGUCGGAGAGAGCACAUUGAGUGUGUCUGUGGACAAGAAGAUACUGAUGCUUUUCAGCGUCAAUGACCCGGAAAACCGGAUAGAAUUGACCUUCCAGCGUCACUAUGGAAACAUUGUGUCCUACCGCUGGUAUGGUGAUGGGUACAUACUGAUUGGAUUCUCCCACGGGCACUUUGUGGUUAUUUCCACUCACAUCAGAGAGAUCGGGCAGGAGCUCUAUCAGGCUCACAACCACAAAGAUAGUCUGAACAGCGUGGCCAUCUCAACUUCAUUAAACAAGGCAGCAUCUUGUGGUGACAACAGCAUAAAGAUCCACGAGCUGUCAGAUAUGAAAGAUAUCAGCAAUGUAGUUUGGCUGGAUGAUGAAACCAAGGGUCUUGAUCAGCUGAGCUGGACGGAUGACGGACAGCUGUUGGGGAUUUCGACACAGAAAGGGACGCUCCACGUCUUCCUGACCAAGCUGCCUGUCCUGGGUGGCAGCUUUGGUACCCGGCUGGCCUACCUCACCUCUCUGUUGGAGGUCACAGUGUCCAACCAGGUGGAAGGGGAAAGUCCUGUUACCAUAGAAGUGGAAGUGGAGCCUACUUUCAUUGCGAUGGGUCCAUACCAUGUGGCUGUGGGAAUGAACAACAGAGCCUGGUUCUAUGCCUUGACAGAGCGAGAACCUGGUUUUAAGAAGCUGAAGGACAUAGAGUAUUUGGGGACGAUUGCCAGCAUGUGCCUUAACUUGGACUACGCAGCAGCUCUGUUUGAGGGAAAAGUGCAGCUUCACAUGAUUGAAGGGAAAGACCAGGAGGAGAAGAAGCAGAUGAAGUUGUUUCCAGAUGAUGACAUGAAAGGACGGAUCCUUUGCCACGCUCUUACUGCUGAUUUCCUCUACUACGGCACUGAUUCAGGCAAUGUGGUGUGUGUGUUGGUGGAGGACUGGGAAACAGUGAGCAGCUACAGCCACUUGGUUGGUGUCAGGAAAGUGUUCCCUGACAUAAACGGCACACGGCUGGUUUUCAUCGACGACAAGAACAGCGGCUUCCUACUCUCUCCAACAAUCGCAACAUUCUCCUGCUUUGAGAUCCCAAACUUCUCUCCCACUAUCACUGGAGUGCUUUGGGACAACUGGCACGCUGACAGAGGAGUCUUUGUCGCUUAUGACGAAGACAAGGUCUACACAUAUGCCCUGCAUAAAACCACCAUAUAUGGCCCCAGGGUGGUGUUAGUGGGGAGUACCCCUCUCUUGUUUUCCCAGAAGCCUCUGCUCUUGCACAAUGGGGAGCUGACAUGUCAAACAACCAGUGGAAAGACCAGUGAAGUGGCCCUGAACAGUCACGCCUUCCUCAAGCAGUCAACCAGUACGGCGGCAGUUUCAGCAGCAGAUCUGGCAAAUGCUCUGUUGCUCAAGAGGUUUCAUGAAGCCAUGAAUCUGUGUAAGUCUGCAGGCAGUUCCUCAGACUGGGCAGAGUUAGGGAAAGCCUGUCUGGUCCACAUGGAGGUCGAACUUGCCAUCCAAGUGUUUCGUAUGAGUGGCAAUGUGGGCAUGGUGCUGUCCCUGCAGGGCAUCCAGGGUAUAGAGGACAUGAAUUUACUGGCGGGGCAUUUAGCCAUGUUUCUUGGAGACUACAACCUAGCACAGGACCUCUACAUGUCCUCCAGCUGCCCAAUUGCUGCCCUAGAGAUGAGGAGAGACUUGUUGAAUUGGGACAGUGCUCUGAUGUUAGCUAAGAUGUUAGCAGAAGACCAGAUUCCAUUUAUAUCCAAGGAGUACGCAGUCCAUCUGGAGUUUAUCGGAGACUAUGUGAAUGCUCUUGCUCACUAUGAAAAAGGCAUGACCCAAGAUGUUAAAUUUGAGGAGCAUGAUGAGGCGUGUAAAGCUGGUCUAGCUAGGAUGUCAAUCAGGAUGGGUGACAUCAGGAGAGGAGCAGCUCAGGCGAUCCAGCACCCGAGUCGAGUCCUCAAGAAGGAGUGUGGGGCCAUCCUGGAGACAAUGAAGCAAUUCUCUGAAGCUGCUCAACUCUAUGAAAAAGGCCAGUAUUAUGACAAGGCUGCAUCUGUUUACAUCCGCUGCAAGAACUGGGCCAAGGUUGGAGAGUUGCUCCCACAUGUCUCCUCUCCCAAGAUCCACCUCCAGUACGCAAAGGCAAAGGAGGCAGACGGCAAGUACAAGGAGGCCGCACAGGCCUAUGAGAGCGCAAAAGACUGGGACAAUGUGAUACGCGUGCUGUUGGACCACCUGAACAACCCUGAGGAUGCUGUCCGCAUUGUCAGGGAGACGCAGAGCAUUGACGGGGCAAAGAUGGUUGCCAGGUUCUUCCUGCGCUUAAAUGACUACGGCUCAGCCAUCCACUUCCUGGUGCUGUCUCAGUGCAAUGAUGAGGCUUUCCAACUGGCUCAGCAGCAUGGACAGAUGGAGGUGUAUGCUGAUAUCAUCGGUCCUGAGGCCACGCAGGAGGACUACCAGAGUAUCGCUCUCUACUUUGAGGGGGAGAAAAAACACUUGCAGGCUGGCAAAUUCUUUCAGAAGUGUGGCCAGUACAGCAGAGCACUGAAGCACUUCCUGAAGUGUCCAAACACAGAAGACAACCUGGCUGUGGAGAUGGCUAUAGAGACAGUGGGUCAAGCAAAGGACCCUUCUCUGACCAAUCAGCUGAUAGAUUACCUGAUGGGAGAGAGUGAUGGCAUGCCCAAGGAUGCAAAGUACUUGUUCCGUCUCUACAUGGCUCUGCAGCAGUACAGGGAGGCUGCUCGCACCGCCAUCAUCAUUGCCAGAGAGGAGCAGAGUGCAGGGAACUACCGUAAUGCCCAUGACGUGCUGUUCAGCAUGUACACAGAGCUGCAGGCUCAGAAGAUUAAAAUCCCUGCUGAGAUGGCCACAAAUCUGAUGAUCCUGCACUCCUACCUGCUGGUGAAGAUCCAUGUCAAGAGGGGAGACCACCUAAAAGGGGCACGCAUGCUCAUUCGUGUCAGCAACAAUAUCAGCAAGUUCCCUGCACAUGUUGUUCCGAUUCUGACGUCAGCGGUCAUUGAAUGUCGCCGCGCUGGGCUGAAGAACUCUGCCUUCAGCUUUGCUGCCAUGCUGAUGAGACCAGAGUACAGAAACGAUAUCGACCCAAAGUACAGGAAGAAAAUCGAGGCUAUGGUUCGGCGUCCAGACACAUCAGAGCUGGAGGAGGAAACUACUCCGUGUCCCUUCUGUGGCUUCCAGCUGGCACAGAAUGAUCUGCUGUGCAUCUCCUGCAAGAACAACCUGCCUUACUGCAUCGCCACGGGUCGUCAUAUGCUGAAGGAAGACUGGUGUGUGUGUCCGCACUGUGAAUUCCCUGCUCUUUACUCACAGUUCAUUCUGUUGCUGGAAACGGAGGAGGUGUGUCCCAUGUGCUCAGAGGCUCUGAGCACCAAACAGCUGAAGAAGAUUACAGACUGUUCCAGUUACCUAGAGACUGAAGAAGUGGAUCAAUAGAGAGAGAAAAAAAACAAUCUCAUGUAUAUAACUUUCUCAUCAGUCAAAUGACAUAUUUUCUAUUUGUGUAUAGCCAUCUCAUUAUAUAUAUUUAAAAGGAGUGAGAGUAGCUUUAGUUUUGAAUACUGUGAAGAUAAUAGGAGUAAAUGAAUUUUAAAGAUGUUUCAUAACUAAGAUAAUAAAGCAUUUUAUAUUAAUGUGAA